AUGGGGGAAUUGGAUUUAGGAGAUAUAAUUGAGGUAGAAAGACGAAGAGAUCACGAAAUAUUGGACUCCAUGUAUGCUACGCCACAGCAGUCGGCAGCACAUGGAAUAAGUGAUGAUGAGGGCUCCGUUCGGGAGGACCUUCGGGAAGUCCGUUUACAGGACUUUGACCACCAACGACGGUUCGAACGAUUCCUGGCCCUGUGUGGCGUUAGAAGCAAGGUUAUUAACCGAACCAGUGGCUCCAGCACCAGAGGAUCAGUGGCGGGAAACAGCGAGCGCUAUAAUUUGUUUCCUGACUCUAGCGAUAUGAGUGAUGGGUACGAUGACGACCGCUUUGACACAGACUUGGAAGACAAUGCUUUACAGCCGUUAGUGGUUACGGAGUCAAGUUUACAGGACCAGGACUUGUUUUACACGGAGAAUCAGCUCUCCUUCCCUCCUCAGGAUGGAGAUUACGAAGCCGACACACUGUUAGACCGCAGAAUACGCAGCUCCGGUGAGAGCAACACUAUUUAUAUCAGCGAGAACUACUACGAGCAUGCCAUGAUCGGGGGCUAUGAGUAUGUCAGCCAGGACGCAUGCAAACAUCCGUGUCCCAUAAAUUCCAACGACACGUUCAAAAACUUUGAAAACCAUCACAGUGACGGGGAGAUAGAGCUCAUUCAAGACUUUGCCAAAAUAGACUCGCUGGAAUUUCCUUUGAGAUCGCAACCGGCCCAGAAGUUUAAAGACUCGCUAGACAUUGAGUUUCACGGAUUUACAAAGCUUGAUUUUGGCAGACCGGAUAAGUACAAGAACAACAUUGUAUGCUGUUCCGCCAGACAUGAUCUUUUAUUCGUUGCUGUCGGAGCGUGCGUUUAUGGGUUUACUCACAAAAAGGACAAAUUCCAGCCAGAUAAACUACCUCGGCUGCUAUUUUAUACACAUCCUUCUGUCACAACAGAGGCUCAUCGCCAGAGCGCAACCAGACCGCAUUUUCCUCAUACAAUUAAUUACAUGGUGAUCGGGCAGCUCAAAGAGCAAGAAACUCUCGGCCUCUGCUGUGACGACGGCAGAGUGCUUUUAUACAAUGUGGAGAGAUUAGUCAAGAGCUGUCAGGACAAAGGGAUACCCAAUAUGGGAGAGACCCCUGAUUAUCAAUUCAGUGCAUCGUCCUCGGUCUGGGGCCUGGACAUGUACCAGAAUAUGGUCGUGGUUUCUGACAACAGCCAAAGCAUUCAGUUACACUAUAUCGAUGAAUGCGGAAAUGAUUUUCAUGUCCAAACACACCAGAUAUUGCACAACGUUCCUUCUGUCAGUUUCAUAAAAGGAGAGGACGAAGUUUAUGUUAGCGGAGCUUCCAUCAGCGGAGAAUUGGUUAUCUUUAAAUUCCCGAUGGUGGUGUACGAGGGACCGUAUAAUAAAGAAAAUGGAGAUAGGCUUGCCAGGGUUCGGUUCCGCCGUCCGUACAUUAUCAGUCGAGCAUUACUAGGAGACAAUGUCUGGAUUACCAAGUACGUGGAUUCUAGUUGUUUCAAGAAGGUCGACUCCCUGGAACUGAUGACAGGCGAUCCAUGGAUUGACCAGCAGAAAAUGGUUUUGAACAAGAUGCUUAACGAGAGCAAAGUGCUCGACUGCGAGUCUGACGAGUGCUAUUCCAGCCACAUCGGUAUCUCUGCCAGCUUCCACAACUUUUUUAUUCCAACUGUGACUCUCGACCACCUGAGUCUCAUUUCGCAACAGAAGCCUUUUACGUCGUUGUCAGAUAAUUACCGACGCAUUAAAAAGGUGUAUGAUGAUUAUUACAUAUCGAAACAGCGCUCAAAGCAGAAAUCACACAUAUCGAUGAAUUCCAAAAAAUAUUGGGAGCCGCAGAUCAGAACUCCUCAAUUUACCGACAAGUUUCUGGUUGUGUCCACAGCGUUGCGCAUGGGGCUUUUCCGCGUGAAUAAGCUUAUCUGCAACGCGACAGUGCCCAAGGUAUUUCAGUUCAAACCAUUCAACGAGGAUUGGCUCCAUUCCAACCGGCUGUCUCUAGGAUUUUUGAUCCCUGAGCUCAAUUGCUACGUGGUGGGAUCUCAGUCAGGUUUAGUGUCAGUAUUCCGUUUGACUACGUUCCGGGGCAUCUAUGGAAUGCGCCAGGAGUAUGUGGUUCCGAACUACGAGCGGCUGUGCCUGAGUGGCGAUUUUGGCGUGCGGACGCUCAUUGGCAUUGAUUGCAGAAGAAUAGCGCAAGGAAGGUACGUCUUAUAUCUCGUCUACAUCGAUGGGAUAUGUCUCAGCUACCAAUUGAGCGACAGGUCUAUUGGUUUCUACGAAGAUAUGUGGAUUAAGUAA